AUGUGCAUCAUUGAAUAUUGUCAACAUGAUGUACUUGCAAAACAGAUUCUCAUUAUUUGUUAUGAUGAAGUCGUUGAUGAGGAAGCAGUUUCUGAUGGAGAGAUGUCUCAUAAAAAUCCACAAACGAUUGUCGCAUCUCCCACUUCUUUAUCGCCACCAGCGAAUCAAUUUAAUGAUCAAAAUAUCGAUAGCUCAACGACUAACAACAACUUUGUACCUGAGACUUCAACCGUAGCGGAACCACUAAGCCAACCGAUGACAUCUGAUGUAACUCCUUCAGCGCAACCGUUACCAGCUUCUCAGCAGUUUGAAGAACAACCUAGGCGAAAUAUGUCUCCUUCCGAAAGACUUCUCUUCGAACGGAAUUGUGUCGCAGUAUUGACUGAAGCAAAUAAAGUUAAUGAUAAUGCUGAUUUAAGACAGAUAAUCAUUAAUUUUUUAGGCGGCGUUCAUGUAGAGACAAACCAACUCAAAGCUGCUUCUGUUGGUAUUCAUAACUCAGACGAUCAUGUGCGCCAAAUAAUUUUGCAUGAAGAGACUGCCCGAAACCAUGAUGGCAAAGCAACCACAGAAACUUUAAUCUUUGAAAUUAAUUUGACCAACGGACAGUGGAGAAAACUCAAGAGAAAGAAGGUGAAGGGUCUUAGAAGUCAGACAAACGAUGGCUCAAGCAGUAGGAUGAACGGAAGACAGCAAAAUGGCGAAACUUGA